GUUGUAGUCACUUUGUGGUCACUUUCAUCGAUUCUCUGUUUUGAGCGCGAUAGAAAGGCUGGCAUGUUGUAAACAGAAACUGUUGUCGUGGGAUAAUUGAAAAACAGUAACAUUUGGACAUGGAGAAAGUGUCGAAAAUGAAGACGCGAAAGAAGAGACAGUCUAGUCGAGAUGAAAAUAAAGAUGUUGAUACCGUUGUGGAUGGUGUAAAUUGUAGAGAGCGCAUAAUCUAUGACGUACUUCGACUGAUGUUAGAAUAUUUUAAUAUUACGGAUAUAACUCGGGCAGCUAUGGUUUGCAGGUCCUGGAAUGAAGCUGCAAGCAAAGAAAUUCACACUAGACUGAAACCGCAACAUUUUUUGCUCGAACCUAAUGCCGAGUCGAAAAAAAUUACUGAUCCAAAACAUAUUGUCGACAAAUUGUUCAUCCGGCCCAGCAUUGGAAUAGUGUUUAAUGGCGUUCAAAGUAGACGUCAAAUUUGGCAGCCAGAUUGUUUGUGUAAUUAUUUGCCACCUCAAACUGAUUAUAUAACAUUGAUAAACAGUGGUACUAUUUAUGAUGAUGUGGAGCACAAAGCUGGAGGUCUAUCCAGUAUAUUCUUCCCUGAGAUUCCUGAUGUAAAAAUCAAAUAUUUUCAUACGACAAAGUUGGACCCCCUCAAAUUCGAUCCGAUGCAAAAUCCAAAAUCUCGCGAGAAGUUAGCUAGGGAACUGUGUAAAAUAUCUCCAAAAGAAAAAAACAUAAAAUGUAUAAUAAUGUUCCUGGGUGGGAUGGCACGCAACAUUUUCGCACAUCCAGAUCCAGACAAUAUAGAACAAAUCAUAAAAUCGAUUCUUUCACAUGGGACGGACAAAGCUGAAAAUAAAAUUGCAGUCUGGGGUGGCAUAACUCGCAGGGUACUGGUAUGCAGUUCUUCGUGUGAUGAGAGAACAUGUAAAAAAAAUGUACCUAUUGCUGGGCUUAGUAUCUGUGGUUCAGGCGUUUCAACGUGGUCCCUGGUAUUGGAUAGCCGUAUAAAAACUAAGGAAGAGGCUGAAAAAGAAUUGACAGUCCUGAGGGAUGCGGUCAAGUUGCAAAAACACACAAUUGGUUUCAUGUUUUCUUGUUGUGCACGAGGCGACAGCUGGUAUUCGGAACCAAACGUCGAGGCUAAGAUUUUCAGAAAACUUUUUCCAAAUGUUCCACUGGUUGGAUCGAUUGGAGAUGGCGAGUUUGGCGUAUCCACAGUUCCUCACGAAUAUUCACCAGGUGAACAUAUUUUUCAUCAAUAUGCUACAAUAUUUUUAAUUGUGUCUUACGGAUCUGCGAGAAAAGUGUUAUAAAUAUACAAGUAAACUGCAUCAGUAAGAAACGAGUUGUUAACACAAAACACUAAUGCAUUUUGUACUUUAUUACAACAAAUAAAUAUGACAAAAUCCUAUGAUUUAA